AUGCAGACUUUCUCCACGCUCCUGCUCGCUCUGGCUAUUUCUCUCCGCCUCAUAUCCGCUGCCCCCAUUCCACCCGUCGAAACUCCCCAGGGAAGUGUCAAAGUGACGCUCACCGGCGCCGACAACGACCCUACGCAGCAAUACACCCUCUUCGUCCCCUUCGACACCCCUGUCAACCCUGCACCCCAUGAUCCUUUCUCUCUCAGUAUUUCUUACGUGUCAUAUGAUCAUGACCUCGCCCAUUGCGUCUUUACGGGCGUUAAUUCUCCUGCUGCGGGGCCGGUCGAGGCGGAUGGUAUGCUGGGUCCGCCGCAGACUAUCACUUCUGUUUAUUGCACGGCUGCUUCUUCUACAAAGUGCUGA